AUGACUCAGUACUACACCAUUUUCGGUCGCCAGAUCGCCUCCCAAUACCUGGCCAUAGGAACCCUCACCACAAUGUUCACCGGUGUCUACCUCUCGGUUGGCGGCAGCAAGGCGCCCGCUGCGACUCCCCCUAUCAACGCGUCUAGCUCCGACGAGGCCGAUUUUAUCAAGUGUGCUCCCAUCCAUCACAUCCCUCCGUAG